GAGUCGGAUCGCCUCGUGUGGAGGGAAGCCAAUGGACGGUUCUUGUCCUACAUCCCACACUCCUGCAAUGUUAUCUUCUUCUGCUGACCAGGAUCAAGCACUACAGCACUUGCAGAGAGUGCACACAUCUUCAGGCACUUCAUGCCCUGCCAAAGAGUUCCACGUGACCACCCCCACCCCUGCCCAAACUGGUCUGGUGUGUCCUCUGGAGGUCUCAGUCAGUUCAGGAAGUAUCCAGGUUGCCCGAGGCCAAACAGCAGUGUUGCCCUGCACCUUCACCACUAACGCUGCCCUCACUAACCUUAAUGUCAUCUGGAUGGUCAUUCCUCUUUCUAACGCCAAUCAGCCUCAACAGGUUAUUCUCUACCAAGGAGGUCAGAUCUUUGGAGGUGCACCCCAGUUCUAUGGGCGAGUGGGGUUUGCUGUGACAAUGCCAACCACCAGUGCCUCCAUCUUCAUCAACAACACUCAGCUAUCAGAUACUGGCACAUACCAGUGUUUGGUCAACAAUCUUCCCGACCGAGGUGUCAGGAAUAUUGGAGUCAUUGGACUUACUGUCUUGGUUCCUCCUUCUGCCCCGCUUUGCAGAAUCCAGGGAUCCCUGGACGUGGGCAGCGAUAUCACACUGACUUGCAGCUCAGAAGAAGGUAUCCCCCGGCCAACAUACCUCUGGGAGAAACUGGACAAUGUUCCCAGGUUGCCCCCAACUGCCACACAAGACCAAGUCCAGGGCACUGUCACUCUCCGAAAUAUCAGCACCGUGUCCUCAGGUCUUUACCAAUGUGUGGCUUCAAAUGCCAUUGGAACCAGCACUUGCCUUCUGGACCUGCAAGUCAUUGCACCCCACCCACGGAGUAUUGGCCUGAUUGCAGGAGCAGUGGCCACAGGUGCAGUUGUGCUCGUUGUUUGCAUUGUGUUGGUGGCUGUCGCACUAUUCUACUGGAAAAACAAACACAAAGAAGAAGAGGAGGAGGAAAUUCCCAAUGAGAUAAGGGAGGAUGACCUGCCACCCAAAUGCUCCUCUGCCACAAAGACAUUCCAUGCUGAUGCAUCCUCAUCAGAGAACGACACCCUCACCUCCUCCAACACCUACAAUAGCCGCUUCUGGAAUGACCCCAAAGCUAACCACGUCACAGACUCCUUCACCCGCUUCAGCAACAGCAAUGAUGCUCACCAGCCUCCCUUCUCCCGCUCAGGGAGCACGAGUGCCCGACCCGUCUAUGCCAAUGGCAGCCACCCAUCCCCGGCUCCCCCUAAGACACUGGUGGUGACGGCCAGCACGGCACCGUCGCCUCAGGAGGUGAUCCGGAGCAAUGGUUCAGUCAGCAGGAAACCACGGCUGCCGCACACCCGUUCCUAUGCAAUCAGCCAGGCCACGCUGGAGCGGAUCGGGGCUGUCCCCGUCAUGGUGCCCGCCCAGAGCCGGGCUGGCUCCCUGGUGUAGUACCUUGCUGGUGGCUGAGCUGAGCAAGGGGCCUAUCAUCCCAGGUGGGGUGAAGAGACUCUACUCCUUCCUGAAAGGCAGUGAGGUAGCAGGGUUCACACACUUACCUCCACCUGCCCUCCCCUCUAGAGGCUGCUUCCAACUGGUGGGACAGCCCUGUCCAAGUCACUUUCCCUCCAGCUGCUGGAGCUCCUCGUCCCAAUGGACACCACAGAUGUGCCAAGGCCAGAGGAGUAGAGAGGUCGGGACAUGCUCCUGGGCUGCUGGGCCCCAGGUGGGACAUGUACUCAGGCCUGAUCUUGGGGGGAACUUUUGCUUUUAUUUCCUGUUUAUUUUGCUGGGGACUAAUUCCAUCCAUUUGGGCCUUUCAGGGAGGUAUGGGAUAUAUACAUAUAUAUUUUUUUUUCUGUUGUUGUUGCUGUUUUUUUUUCCAAGAGGAUGAUGACCUGUGUAGGGGCAGGGAAGGCAGAGCAGCCCCAACUUCCCAUGGCCCUGGGUCUGUUGGAUUAUGGAGUACUGAGCACAUGGGCCAGGUGUGGGCAGGCAUGGGACAGGCUAGAGGGGUGAGAAGAAGGCACAGCCACCAGCCCAGGCAGGGCAGUUGUUGGGUAAAGGUGCAGGCUGGGUAACAUUUGUCUUUAUUUCUGCAGUUCUUCCCCCCACCUCAGCACACACAGACACACACAGGGACACACACAGACACACGCAGAUCCUCACACUGGAUGUUUCUCCUGCACUAGGUUGGAGUGCCACCAGAGUCCUAUUUAUAGGAUGCAGCCAUCUGAGCAUCUUUCCCUCAGACACUUGGUGCAGAGCGAGGCUGUGCUGCUGUUGCUGCUGCUGCUGUAGGGCUUGGAUCUUUUUCUUUUGUUUUCUUGUGGGGUUGCUGGGGUAAUUCAGAAGGCAAAGGGGAGCAGUGUCAUGUGGUGGAGCACCAGGCAGGUUCAUGAUGUAUCUGUUUAUCAGGCUAUGCAGGGCUAGGCACCGUGGCAGGGCACAUGUUGUGCUUGGAGCCCUCACAAAUAGGCAUCAGAGAUUUCAUUCUUGCUCUCCCACAUGCUCAGACAUCUUGGCAUGAUUUAUUCCCUCCUUUAGAAAGCAGAGGCUUACUGUAAGCCAACUCACUAUCUCUAUGCCUCCGCAAUUCCCCCUACAUCUAUGGUUGGGUACUGGUGGCAUCUGUCAGUGGCGAUGCCCUCUCCUUGCAGCCUGGUAGGUGGUUUUGGCUGACGCCUCCACUUUUUUCUAUUGCAACUAAAUAGCCUUAAUCAAAGCCAGGAGUUGAAACCUCUGAAGGAACCUGAUGGCAUUUGGAGGGUUGGACUGAGGGCUGGGAUUUCCCUUCCUAGAGAGCACUUGUUCAAAGUGGCCAUGCCUAGAUAACACCAAACCUUGCAUAGGCAAAGGCAGUGAUUUCCUCAAAAAGCAUCAGAGCCCUUCCAGGUCUGCUCUUGGAAAAGCAAUGUGGAGAGUUGCAGGUGGCUUUCCAUAGUACUCACUUUGAAGAAAGAGUCUGUUUAAACCUACAGACUUUUUCUCAUCCCCACUUUCCUUGUCUUGGCACGGCUUUACUUUCCCUAGCACUGGCCUUGUGCCGGGUCUUCUACCUAAACAGUACAAAUGCAAGCACAGAUUCUGAGGAAGAGGAGGGAGAGGUGAGGGCAGGGUUCCCACGUGGACGCACUGGCUUUUUGGGAGACUGGGAGUUCCCAAGCAGACUAGGCUUGAAGCUUGGCUGAGAUUUUGUGCCUUCUUUCCUUAA